GGAGUAGCAGCAGCAGCAGCAUUCCUGCCGGGAUUGUAGCAGAUUUUUCCCAUUCCCAAGUCGACCUCAGACUUGUUUUUCCCGUGAAAGAAGGAAUUUAAGAGGAAAAGAAGAGGGAAAAAAGUGAACAAGAAGGAAUUUGAGUUUAUCAAAUAUUAAACGAAAUCGCUGUUGCUGUUGGUUGGUUGGUUUGGGUGUGGAGACCACCGAAAUCUGGCUUGGCCUGGUUGUGAUUUGUGGAAAAGCAACAUUUUUCUCGCUCGGAAUUGUUGAAAGAAAAAAGUUGUUUGGAAAAUUCUAAGCAUUUGCUGCAAAUCUUGUUGUAGUGAGAAGAAGAAAACGUGCGCGCCUUCCCGCUUGAAGAGAUUUAUUCGUUGUCUAAGCUGUUAUUACGUGACCUGUUUCAAAUUAGCACUCAUUGACUGCAAGAAGAAGAAAAAAGAUCGUCCGGAUUUGCGACGACUUCCGGUUGGAGAGCGAAAGCGAGUUUUCCGCGGGUGUCCUGCCAUCGAGUGUGAGUGCUACAGCUAACUUUGUGAUAUACUUAGAAAAGAAAUUGUUAAACUAGUCAAUCUUAGCAUCGAAUCGAAACUGAAUCGAAUCUGUUAAUUAAAUACCUACAAUUGUUGAGUGCGUUAAUACUGUUGAUCUCUCGAGAGCUCAUUAAGUUGACUGUUGUGUUGAAACGAAAGGAAAAUCGAAGCAAAACAAGUCAAUCAUCAUGUUCUCGUGCUGCCGCUGCGUCAAUCCCAAAUCGCCAAAGUACAAAAAGAAGGGCGCCAAGGACGACGAGGACGAUGAUUCCUCCGUCGUUCAGGACGCUCCCUGUCAGGAUAAGAACCACGGCGGAGCCGGUGGCGAGUCAAGUGAGGAGGAAAUCAAGGUGGAAAUAAUCGAAACCGAGGACUCUAAAGAAUCUACCGCCAGUCCACAGCCGGCGGCAGCGACCUCAGAUGGCACUGGGACAGGUUCUGGGACGUCAACGUCAACGGCGACGGCAUCGCCGGCCAAAGCGGUUUCAACGGAGAAUGAAGCCAAUCAGAGCCAGCAGCAACCUGUUGCGGUAGAUAGCCCCAAGGAUUCGCCGGCCAAGGCCGUCGCAGCAGAAGAUACAGUUGACGAACCUGCGCCGGAGAACGUGGUGAUUCCGACGACCGUCGCCGAAGUGGAACAAGCCAACGAGGAUGACACGACUUCAGCUGAAGUUGCAGAUGUUACACCGGUUGAAGAGUCUGCCAUCACUGCCAGCGACGACCUGCCCGAGGAGCAGGAAAAGGUCGCGGAAGAGAGUGAAUCGUGCGAGUUGAAAAAUGAAGAAAAUAAUGUAAUAAUGGAGCACGCCGUCGUGGAGGAUGCCACAAAUGAGUGUCCGGAGGAGAAAGAGGAAGAACCGAGCAACGGCAACAGCAACGGUGGUGAUAAGGAGCAAGAGCCGGAACAGGAACAAAAAGCUCGUGAAUGCGAUGGAAAUGAUGAAUCGCAAUCGUCGGAUUCGGGUCCACCGUCCGAAAUUGAAAUCCUCCCGGGGACGGGGACGAUGGCCGCCACGUCCGCACAGAAUGAACCGGAAGCGCAAUCGGAUAAGGUUGAGCAAGACAAUGAAGAGGAGAACGACGACGACGGUGGCAAUGAAGAGGACGAAAAUGGUGGGCAACGGUCGGAACGAACCCUCCGGCUGAGAAGUGACACGAGCAACAGUCAGGCGACCAUCGAGGAAACAAUCGACAUUCAAAAUUAUUUGCCAAAGCAGGGCGAAAGUGAAGAGGAUGCGUCCCCAAAUGGGCUGAUAGACACUGGUGAUAGCGGAAACAAUGAGCUGUGUAGUGACGACAAUCAUGUGCCUAAAACUGCCCCCGAUAAAAGUGAUUCUCCGGAACAACAAUCUGCCAGCCGGAAUGGGUCCGUUUCGGAAGAACCGACCAGCGUCCGUAGCAGUCGGCCCAGCGUUACGGAGUCCAUUGAAAACGGUCAACUGCCAACGAGCCGGAAAGAGUCGGCCAACAGCGACGACACGACGAUCCGGACGCAGCUUUCGUUCCGCGAGAGUUGCCUGUCGCGGCGUUCGUCGUCCAAGUCAUCGAUCAAGAAGAAGGUGGCGUACAACGACAGUACCGAAAUCAUUCCACCGCCCGAGUAUUCGCCGGUCGUGAACGACGAAGAGGACGAGGUAUUUUCCGACUCGAUAGCACCGAAGCUGCCCCGUGGGAACAUGUGCGCUCCGUACGCCACCAAACGGGGGUCGAUUCCCGGGCUGGUGGCCCUGCCGGAUUGGUUCGCCGAGGACCGCUUGAUGAUGGAGGAGGGUGGCAUCAUGGAACCACCCACCACGCCAAUCGGCCGGGACGAGCUGGCCCUGCGCCGGCACCGGUUCUUCUCGGAGCUCCUGAGUGCGGCCCACGCCGCCGUCGAGCACCGGGUGCGCUUCGAUCCGCUGGGACCGAUCGUGGCCAAGGACGACGAGGAUCUCGAGGAGGAAGCGUACGGAAGACCAGAUUGUGAUCCCGACUUCAAACCUUCGUCAUCCCGUGAGCUCGAGCACCUGAUCGACCGUCUGCAGCGAAUAGUUGACCGCCUGGAACGUACCGUAUCGGCACGUGAACUCGAAGAAACGCGUCGCAUCCUGAAAGACGUUUGUAACGCCGGAAAGCAGGUUGUAGGCACGUCCGGAAGUAACACCGAGGAGAACAACACCACCGGAACCGGCACCGAGGAGGACGACAAACUGCUCGACUCCAACUGUUCGGCCAACGACAACGAUCUGCCCACGGUUCUUCCCUCAACGCCACCCCCGUCAGCGUCCUACCUGCACCAACAGCUGGACAGUCUCGAGGCGACCUUGUUCCCCGAACUCACUCCGACAACCGCCGCCAAGGAAGAAGACGACGUUCUGCCAACGGUCCUCGCGCAAGUAGUACUAGAUAACACAAAUAAUAGCCCUAGCAAUAGUAACGAUCAACGGCACCACCAUUCAGUAUUAGAACCGGAUUUUCCCCCACCGCCGCCCGUUUUCUGCAACGAACCACCUCCUCCCCCAAGGACGUCGACAAUGAGUGUGAACGCGUACGAGGACAUUCUGCUCGGCUCGCUGGCCAACUUCCUGGCGCUGUCGGCCAAGAUCGGUGGCGAUGUGGCCGCGCAGGCCGACCUGGUCAAGCAGGCGUUUGACGUGCAGUUCGCGUUCGUGCGCACCGCCGCCGACUCGGCCGCCCCGGCUACCGCCGAUCUGCAGAACCUGCUGAAGCCAACGUCGGACCAGAUCUCCGCCAUCCAGAGCUACCGCGAGAAGCACCGCACUUCUCCGUUCUUCAACCACCUGUCCGCCAUCAGCGAGAGCAUCCCCGCCCUGGGAUGGGUCUGCGUGGCGCCCACUCCCGGACCGUACGUCAAGGAGAUGAACGACGCCGGCCAGUUCUACACGAACCGCGUGCUCAAGGACUGGAAGGAGAAGGACUCGAAGCACGUUGAGUGGGCCCGGGCGUGGGUCCAGACGCUGACCGAACUGCAGGCGUUCAUCAAGCAGCACCACACGACCGGACUGGUGUGGGCAGGCAAGAACAAAGCGACCGCCGGAGGUGCUGGAGCUCCUCCACCACCACCACCAUGCGGUCUGCCGCCACCACCGCCGGUCAUGCCGAUGGCCGAUCUGUCCAUCGCGGGGGGCGCCGGAGACGAUCGGAAUGCGCUGUUUGCUCAAAUCAACCAGGGCGCGGACAUCACCAAGGGACUUAAAAAGGUCACGUCCGACAUGCAGACCCACAAGAACCCCGGUCUGCGCUCCGGACCGGCCCCGUACAAGGCACCAUCGAGUAUUAGCAACGGCUCGGCGACGAAGGCGGUGGCCGCUCCGGCGGCCAAACCACCGACGUUUGUUCGCGACGGCAAGAAGUGGCUCAUCGAGUACCAGAAGGGCAACACCGGCCUCCUGGUCGAGGACGCCGAGAUGAACAAUGUGGUGUACAUGUUCCGUUGCGAGAACUCGACCCUCCAGAUCAAGGGCAAAAUCAACAGCGUUGUGAUGGACUCGUGCAAGAAGUGUUCGCUCGUCUUCGACAGUCUGGUCGCGUCGGCCGAGUUUGUCAACUGCCAGAGCGUCCAGAUGCAGGUCCUUGGCAAGGUUCCCACCAUCUCCAUCGACAAGACGGACGGCUGCCAGAUGUAUCUGUCGGCGGACUCGCUCGCAGUGGAGAUCGUCAGCUCCAAGUCGUCGGAGAUGAACGUGAUGAUCCCGAAGGGCACGAACGGUGAUUAUACGGAACAACCCAUCCCGGAGCAGUUCAAGACGUUGAUCAAGGGCCAAAGCUUGAACACCACCUGCGUGGAGAGUCUUGGUUAAAUCGUCGCCGGUGGAAAGUUUUUUACAAAUUUUCUAGCGCGCAAAGCAAGAGAGAGAAAAACAAGCAACUAAAUCAAUAUCAUUUAAAACAAAAAAAGAGUAAAAGAAGCAAACAAAAUGCGAGUAAUUAAACUAAGAACCAACAGUUAAGUAAAUUUUAUACAACAGAAACAAGUAAACAAAAAAAAAAGCUCACUAACAUUUACGCAACUCAUCUUUGACGCUGUCGCUAGUCAUUUCUUGGUUUCCGGUUCGACGUCGAAAAUGUGCGCGCGUUCGUUUCCUCUUUUUUCAAUUUCAGUCAGUCAGUCAGCUGUCGUCUUCCCCCUUGUACUUCUUUCCCCAUCCCCAUCAGCCAGUCAGUGAGAUUCGCAUUACUUUAGAUAAAAUAAAAUUUUGCAUGCAUUUAACACAGUCAGUCCCAACUCACAUAUAAUAUAUUGCGAAAGUUUGUACCAAAACAACAGUAGUUAUGAAUCACACAUGUAACCCGUUGAUGUCCUAUUAAAAUUGACAAAUUAUCUGGAGAUAAAAGAGACAGAAAGUGCUUCAAAACCUCUGUUCUAUUAGGCAAUGUUGAAAAUUAUCUUUGCGAACAAAGAACACGCCUCAAUUUCUAUUUUUCAAAAACAAUCGCAAACCCUCACAAGAAAAAAGGGUUCACUGCUUGCACAACUUUUCGUCCUUCAUAAAGCAAAAUAGUGAAAUGAAUUUAAUAGCAGUAUCGAAACCCAACAAAUAAAAAGCAACAACAACACACAAACACAUUCAUACGUACCCAUAAACUAACCCGGUUUUUAUUGAGCAUCGAGUGAAGGUUAAGAGAAAGUUGGAAUAAAAAGAAAAGAGAGAAACUCAAAAGAAAAAGAAAA